CUACUCCAGAUCCGUGCCCCGUUACCCAAUCCGGUACUCGCUACUCCAGAUCCGUGCCCCGUUACCCAAUCCGGUACUCGCUACUCCAGAUCCGUGCCCCGUUACCCAAUCCGGUACUCGCUAUCUCCAGAUCCGUGCCCCGUUACCCAAUCCGGUACUCGCUACUCCAGAUCCGUGCCCCGUUACCCAAUCCGGUACUCGCUACUCCAGAUCCGUGCCCCGUUACCCAAUCCAGUACUCGAUACUCCAGAUCCGUGCCCCGUUACCCCCCAAUCC